AUGCUAAUCAAAUUUCUACUUUACUGUUUGUUGUUGUUUGUCAAACUACAGUUACAUAUUGUAAACUUACAUCCAACAAUUCUUGCAGAUGGGAGCAUAAUUCGUCAUAGAACUAAACGAUGGGCCUUUUAUGAAAUACAUAAAUGUGGUCGUAUUAAAGGAUAUAGUUGUUUAGAACAUCGUCAUUGUUAUGAACGUUAUCUGCGUCGUGAUAUGGUUUGUUUUGAAGUUUAUCCAUGCUUAAGUUCAUGUAUAUUUAUUGCUCAGCUUCACGAUGCUGAAAAACUAAAUGAACAAAUUAAAAAAUUAUUAUUAGACGGUAUACCAGUCAAUAAUCAUAACGAUCCGAUUAAUUAUGUACGAGAACAAACGGCAAAACUAUUGAAGGAAUUAAAUUUAACUCUACCAUUGCAUAAUCAACCAAAAGUCUCAGUGAUAUCAUCACCAUCACCACCAUCAUCAUCAUCAGCAGCAGCAGCAGCAUGAUCAUUUUCGUAAUCGUCUAAUAUGAAUUAACCCAGGAGUUUCACUACAUUACAGGUCAAAAAAUUAUAAUGAUAAUUUAGAGAAGAAAACAAGAUCAAAUUAUUAUAUCUUUUCUGUUUUGUACAUGUUUUGUAUUUGUUUUCAGAAAUUCUAUUUGUAUUUAAGUUUUCC